AUGAUCGAUCUCGUUCGAUACGACAUGGACGUCUUGCCGUCGACUUACUACAGCGACCGCCGUCCGUUCGUCAUGCAAACAGUCGUCGCCGACGAUGACACCGAAUUCGGGCUCGGUCCAGAAAAGCCCGCACCGCGUUUUGUCCAUAAGCUUGUCGUGUGGCUUCUCGCCAAGAUCGGCCCCAAGGGAAAGGAGUUCGGGAUAUACAGUCUCGAGUAUUACACUAUUCGGAAUUCUCUUUGCGUCAACCGAGUCUGCGGAGUCGAGCGCGUGAGCGAGCACAUCCCAGAGUAA